UGAAUGCUCGGAGACCAAAGGGGAUUCGUCAUAUUAAUAUAAGCGUGUUUAUGUUUUAUUAUUUGCAGAGUUUGAAGAUGAAAUAAGGAUUCGUGACGCAUUUUAAAGGCAGCAUCUGCACAGAAUGACAGCAUGUCUCUAGGCAAAAGUUCAGGGAGGUGGAGGAGAGGAUGGUGUGCCUCGGUGUUGACGACCCUUUCAUCAAACCGUGUGCUGAAGGCCCUCCUUCCCACCCUGUGCCUGGCGCUGGUGUUGGUGUACGGCCUCGCCGACAAGCUCAGGAACUUUGUGGCCAGCGUCUUCAUCCCACAGUACCACUUCCCUUACGCAGUGGCGCUCUGCUUUGCCCAGGUUCUGGUCUCCAUCUCAGCCUUAACUCUCCUCCAUGUCCUGAAUGUGGUGCCUCUGAGGCGUUACUCCAGGUCCCUGGGGGAGAAGAUGCUGGUGCCUUCCAUCUGUAGCAGCAUCCAUGCUGUGCUGGCCAUGUGGGCCAAGGCCAACAGCUCCGACAUCGGCCUGUUCCCUCUCCUCCUGCCUCUGUUGCCCUUGGCAACUCUGGGUUUCAGUCUCUCUCAGAAGCUGGCAUCCUCUCCAUCCCUCCACAUCUCGGCUCCGAUUUCCAUCCUGGGCGGGACAUCUUUUGUCGUCUCCGGUAAAAAGUCGAGAUGUUAUUUCGAGUGGGAACUGAAGGUUCUUCGCCUCUAUUUAACCGUCUCUCUCUUCCUCAUUGCAGCCUCCCAGGGUCUCUCCGGCGUUGGGCUUCUGGAGUACAUGUAUGCCCCUCUGGCUUUAAUCCUCCACAGUCUGUCUCUGACUUUCCUGGCCAAAGCGUCCGAGGCCGAGCGCCGCCGCCGCCCCCCCGAGGCCCAAGCCUCCAUCUUCGACAUCUACUACACCCAGCUGGUCAACCAGAGCUGCGUGCUGGGCCUCCUGUGGCUGCUGCACCCGCAGAGUCCCUGGCUGGUGUUGAGUCACAGCAACUGGCAAAGCCUGCUCUUCCACGGAUACCUGCUCGCUAUUCUGCUGCUGGGUACGCUGCUGGACCUCCUGGUCGGCGUGUCGGCUCUGUGCGUCUCACCGUUUGCUGCUGCGCUGCUGCACUCGGCGAGGCAGCUGGCGCAGCCGCUCCUCCAGCUGUUGUAGUGUCACUCAAAAGGGGACCGAUGGACGAGCACAGUGUCAUUGUGUUCUCUGGGGACGAGCCCGCACGUCCUCUGGCGUUCGUGCCACGACGUCACGUUUGGAGACGUCUGUGUUGUAGUUGUGUGACAUUGUUUACGUUUUACUUUCUGCAGGUAUUUUAAGCUCAACCAUGUUUUGUUGCCUAAUACCAGAAGCAAUGUGCACCAGGAAGUGACGCAAAAGGUGUCUGACAAAGUGUCAGAAUGAGACGAGAUGGAAUGAGAAGUAGUACAUCGUGGCGUUUCCUCCGUUCACGAUAACACAACCUGGACUAAUGAGAGUGAACACAAUGGAAUAUUGGAUACGCAGAACCGGUCAAGGAUGUACUUUCUCAAAACAUCAUUGCAAUACUUUUACAAUAUGUACUCAAUAUGCUCUUUAUACAUGUAUCUAUAUACUAUGGUGUCACUUCUGCUGCUGCGUGUACUACUGUGCGAUAACUUUGAGGACUUUUGUAGUGAAAUAUUUUCACAGAUGAGAUGUCAGAGGACUGAGACGACAGUACAGGAGGCAUAUCAACAAAGAUCGCCCGUUCCAGUUAGUUAAAGAACAUUUGGGACUUAUUUAAAAUAAUGAUAGACAGACUGUGGACUUAAUGGGAGAGCAGCCGCUCCCACAUCAGUAGCACGAGUCCAACAACACACGUUUUCUUUUAGAGCCGACUUAAUAUUAACUAGCAUCUUUUUUUUAAUGUCUAUUCACAAACAACUGAAGUAGCUAUUUUUUUUAACAUCUUUGAUAAGUUUGUGUAAGAGUGGACACAGAUGUUUGGUCCUGACUGUACAUGACAUUAUUUACUAAACAGUAUUUAAGAAUAACAUAUUUAAACUC